AUGAUUAACCUUGAUUCAGCUUUUGGUCCUACUUCACUUACCAACUACUUUGCGCAUAUUGAACCGUUAAGUGGCUCUAAUUUCAAGAAGUGGAAAGAGCAAAUUGAUCUUACCUUGGGAGUUACUACCCUUGAUUAUGCAAUAAGGGUUGCAAAACCUGCUGCCAUUACGGCUCAAAGCUCUGCUGAGCAAAAGGCCGAUUAUGAAAAAUGGGAGCACAGCAACCGUGUUUCCUUAAUGCUUCUUAAGGGCUCCAUUACUAGUGCAAUUCGUGGAGCAAUUCCCGAAUCUGAGAAUGCAAAGGAGUACCUAGCGAACAUUGAGGAACAAUUCAAGGCUUCCACUAAGGCUCAAGCCACUACACUGAUCUCGAAAAUGGUCACUUUAAAGUACAAUGGUUCAAGUGGUGUUCGUGAUCACAUAAUGAGAAUGAAUGAUAUGGCUGCUCAGUUAAAGGACAUGAAAAUGGAAAUCUCUGAAGGUUUUCUCGUUCACUUCAUAAUGACUUCUCUUCCUGCACAGUUCAGUGCUUUUAAGAUUAACUACAAUACACAGAAAGAGAAGUGGAAGAUGAGCGAGUUGAUUUCUAUGUGCGUUCAAGAAGAAGAACGCCUUAAGUCUGAGAAAGUCGAAAGUGCUCAUGUUGUGACAACGACACCAUCUAAAGGUAAAGGAAAGAAAUAUGGCAAUAGUCAAAAGAAAAAGGGAAAUGAUGCACCUGUCUCGAAAGAUAAGGGACAUGCUUCUGGUGCAAAGUUUGGAGGUCCUAAAUGUAACUUCUGCAGGGCUAAGGGACACAUAAGGAAAGAAUGUUCCAAAUUUCGCGAGUGGUUAGACAAGAAAGGGAUUCCUUUCCGUGAAGAAGCUAAAUGA